AUGCCCGGGCUGCCCGGGGGCCUAGGUCUUCGAACUCCGCUUGGCGAGCAUCGAGCACCGGGAGCUAGUCAGGAACCCAGGGAAACAUUGAUAAAGACAUAUGGAGACUCUGGCAUGCCACAUGAAGUGCUCUUUGAAAUUGGCCUAGUGCAGAUGGAAACGGGCUUCACCUGGAGCGCUUGCAUUCAGCCUUUCGUUUGUGACUUCUCCUCCAGCAUGCAAAUCGUGACUCCUAGCCGCAACCUACAAAGCAACCUGCCCGUGAAGGUGAAAGUGGAGGAGGAGAAGACACGUCUGGAAGCGAUCAUGCUGAAGGAGGUGGAAGAGACGAAAGCACAAAUCUUGGAGGAGAUUGCUCACAAGAAGCAGGAGGAAGAAGAGAAGGAGAAGGCAGUGGCCGAGGAGCGGAAGAAGGAGGAGGAGGAGCGAGAAGUCGAGCAGCGACAGCUGCUGGCGCUCCGGGCGAAGGUGGAUGAGGAGCGGCUCAAGGAGCUUGAGCACCGACAGGAGGCACAGCGAAAAGAGCGGCAGCAGAAAGCCCAGGAGGAACAAAAGAAGGCUGCAGAGACCUCCCGCCUUCUGAACACCAAAGGGCAGCGUACCGCUGUGGGCUUCAAGCUGAAGCCGAGUGUCCUCUGA